GUAGGAUAUAUACCGGUCUGUGUGUAUAAUAACAGGGCUCCAUUUGCAGGCUGAACCGCUGUAAUCUCACAGAGAAAUGCUGUGAGAUGCUGGCUUCAGCUCUCAGAUCAAACUCCUCACACCUGAGAGAGCUGGACCUGAGUGACAAUGAACUGCAGGAUUCAGGAGUGAAGCUGCUCUCUGCUGGACUGGGGGAUUCACACUGUAAUCUGGAGAUACUGAGGCUGUCAGGCUGUAGAGUCACAGAAGAAGGCUGUUCUUCCCUGGCUUCAGCUCUGAAGUCAAACCCCUCACACCUGAGAGAGCUGGACCUGAGCUACAAUCACCCAGGAGACUCAGGAGUGAAGCUGCUCUCUGCUGGACUGGGGGAUUCACACUGUAAACUGGAGCAGCUGAAUGUGGACCACAGUGGAGAGUGCAGGACCAGACCAGGCGUACAGAAAUACUCCUGCCAGCUGACGCUGGACCCCAACACAGCAAGCAGACACCUAUAUCUGUCAGGGGGGAACAGGAAGGUGACACAUGUGGGGGGGGCAGAGCAGCCAUAUCCUGAUCAUCCAGAGAGAUUUGAUCACUGGCCCCAAGUUCUGUGCAAAGAGAGUCUGACUGGCCGCUGUUACUGGGAGGCUGAGUGGGAUGGAGAUGGAGCCCGGAUAGGAGUCACUUAUAAAGGGAUCAGGAGGAAAGGAGAGUGGGACUGUCUGCUUGGAGACAAUGACAAGUCAUGGUGUCUGUUCUGUUAUCCUGGCAGUUACUCUAUUCACCUGCUCAUUCACUGA